UUUAUACGAUCAACGUUUCCCUCAGCUCCAUCUCACCAACAAAGCCAAACAUUUCCCCUGCCUUCUCUUUGUGCGGCCGGCAUCUCCUCACUCAGCUCCUAACAUGGCUAUCCAAGCGAAGCAGGAAGAAUUCAUUUUCCGGUCCAAACUUCCCGACAUUUACAUUCCCAAACAUCUCCCCAUUCACUCCUAUUGCUUUGAGAACAUAUCCAAGGUCGGUUCCCGCCCGUGUCUGAUAAACGGUUCGACCGGCGAGGUAUACACGUACUAUGAUGUCGAGCUCACAUCGCGAAAGGUCGCCUCCGGCCUUAGCAAGCUCGGAAUUCGGAAGGGAGAUGUCGUCAUGCUUUUGCUACCCAACUCGCCGGAAUUCGCGUUCGUGUUCCUCGGCGCUUCUUAUUUAGGUGCCAUGACGACUGCUGCCAACCCUUUCUUCACCGCCGCCGAGGUCGCAAAGCAAGGGAAAUCUUCAAAAGCAAAGAUCGUUGUCACUCAAGCUUGUUACUACGACAAAGUGAAGGACUACGCGCAUGAAAACGGCGUUAAGAUCAUCUGCAUCGACUCGCCGCCGAAAGACUGCUUGCAUUUCUCGGAGCUUACUAAGGCCGACGAAAACGACAUCCCGGAGGUGGAUAUCAGCCCAGACGACGUUGUGGCGCUGCCGUACUCGUCGGGGACGACCGGGUUGCCGAAAGGGGUGAUGUUAACGCACAAAGGGCUGGUGACAAGCGUGGCUCAACAGGUGGACGGAGAGAACCCAAACCUCUAUUUUCACAGCGAGGACGUGAUACUGUGCGUUUUGCCGCUGUUUCACAUUUACUCUCUCAACUCCGUCUUCCUCUGCGGGCUGCGAGCUGGCGCUGCUAUUCUGAUCGUGCCCAAGUUUGAGAUCGUUUCCUUGUUGGAGCUGAUACAGAAAUAUAAGGUUAGCGUCAUGCCCAUUGUGCCGCCGAUUGUGCUGACGAUAACCAAGUUCCCGGAUCUCGAUAAGUACGAUCUGUCGUCAAUAAAGAUGCUCAAGUCCGGCGGUGCGCCGCUGGGGAAGGAGACUGAAGAAAUUGUGAAAGCCAAGUUUCCCAAUGCUCUGUUUGGUCAGGGAUACGGAAUGACAGAGGCCGGUCCAGUUUUGGCCAUGUGCUUGGCAUUUGCCAAGGAACCAUUGGCAGUGAAAUCAGGAGCAUGUGGCACUGUUGUGAGGAAUGCAGAAAUGAAGAUUGUCGACCCUGAUACUGGUGCCUCUUUGCCCCGCAACCAAUCAGGAGAGAUAUGCAUUAGAGGAGACCAGAUCAUGAAAGGUUACAUUAAUGAUCCGGAAGCCACGGCAGGAACCAUAGACAAAGAGGGCUGGUUACAUACGGGCGAUAUUGGUUACAUUGACGAUGAUGACGAGCUCUUCAUCGUUGAUAGGUUGAAGGAGCUGAUCAAAUACAAAGGCUUUCAGGUGGCCCCUGCCGAGCUUGAGGCCUUGCUGCUCACCCAUCCUAGCAUUUCUGAUGCCGCCGUCGUCCCAUUGAAGGACGAGUUAGCUGGAGAGGUUCCCGUUGCAUUUGUGGUGAGAUCAAACGGGUCACAAACCACAGAGGAUGAAAUUAAGCAGUUUGUUUCUAAACAGGUGGUGUUCUACAAAAGAAUAAGCCGCGUAUUUUUCGUCGAUGCGGUUCCCAAGUCACCUUCCGGGAAGAUCUUACGCAAGGAUUUGAGGGCAAAACUGGCUGCCGGCUUUUGAAAAUAAAUAUCCCACAUCGAAGAAGAAUGAAUGCUAUUGCCUAUUGGACGUUGCAGCCACGACUUUCCUCAAUUAUU